UGAGGGACGCCUCACCCCCCCGGAGAUGCCCGUACAUUCCGUAUUCCUCCGUGCCCCCGCCCUCGUCCUCCCGUGGCCGGUGUCCUGGAAGGCCGUAGAGGCCUCGCGUGCGCGGGAGAGCCAGGCUCCCGCCCUUCUGGGCUGCCCCAUUUGGGCGGGGGGAUCGGCUUUAUUUCUUGGGUCAGGCAGAAAGCAAUCGCAUAAUUAAAACCUCAUUGGGAUUCUUGAGUGAGGGUGGAAGCCAUGGGAAAAAAAAGAACCCAGGGUUGGGACGGGUGCCCGAGCACUGGGGACCUGGGUGAGACCCCUGCAGAGGAGAGUAGGCCGUUAGAGAAAUGGGAAGGAUUGUGAAGAUUUUUGUGGGAACGUUUCUUGCAGAACAUAAGUUAUUAGGAAACAUUAAAAAUGUGGCCAAGACAGCUAACAAGGACCAUUUGGUUACAGCCUACAACCAUCUUUUUGAAAGUAAGCGUUUCAAGGGUACUGAAAGUAUAAGUAAAGUGUCUGAGCAGGUGAAAAAUGUGAAGCUUAAUGAAGAUAAACCCAAAGAAACCAAGUCUGAAGAGACUCUGGAUGAGGGUCCACCAAAAUAUAUAAAAUCUGUUCUUAAAAAAGGAGAUAAAACCAACUUUCCCAAAAAGGGAGAUGUUGUUCACUGCUGGUAUACAGGAACACUACAGGAUGGGACUGUUUUUGAUACUAAUAUUCAAACAAGUUCAAAGAAGAAGAAAAAUGCCAAGCCUUUAAGUUUUAAGGUUGGAAUAGGCAAAGUUAUCAGAGGAUGGGAUGAAGCACUCUUAACUAUGAGUAAAGGAGAAAAGGCUCGACUAGAGAUUGAACCAGAAUGGGCUUAUGGAAAGAAAGGACAGCCUGAUGCCAAAAUUCCACCAAAUGCAAAACUCAUUUUUGAAGUGGAAUUAGUGGAUAUUGACUAAAAUACCAAUGCUUCAGAUAUAAAGAUAACAACAAUGAAACAUGGCCUUGAAGAAACUUAUGUAACUAAUUAGAGCUGGUUACUAUUGUAAGGGAAGAGUCAACUGGAAAAUUCAAGAACCCAGAUAUUGUUUACCCAAUUCCCAACUUUUAAUAUAUGUAAUCCAUUAUAAUUCCCUAAAGUUUGAAAUAUUUUACUACAGCUGUGUAAAAUACUGGUUAAGGAGACGUGACUUUCCUUUUACCUCAUGUUGUAAACUAAAAGGCUCAAUAAAAACAUUUACUUAGUGUC